AUGUUUACUUCAGCGUUGAAGUCAUUUAACUCCAACAUCUCUGCCAAUUACCAGAUCGCGACCCACCCCACCGUCUACUCGGGCCCCUGGAAAAUCCACGAUGCCAAAAAGAAGUCGACAGGAACGGCCGCCUCGGUAUUCAUCUUUGAGCGCAAAACUCUCGAACCGCGUUCGGGAGGCUUUGGGUCCCGUUCGGGGUCUUCCUCGAAAAAGCUACAAGAAGAUGUGAUCGAGCGACUCAAGCGCGAGGCCAGCAAUCUGGCCCGCCUGCGACACCCGUCCAUUCUCCAAGUGCUGGAACCCGUGGAAGAAACUCGUAGCGGCGGUCUUAUGUUUGCAACGGAGCCCCUCACUGCAUCGCUGUCAGGACUGUUGCUCGAGAAGGGCGAACAAGAAAGCGCUCACGGCGCUGGUACACGCUCUGGUCGCUACAUGGUGGAGGAGGCCGACGGCAGUCGGAGAAGACGUGACUUGGAGAUCGAUGAAUUGGAGAUUCAAAAAGGAUUGCUGCAGGUUGCGAAAGGCCUGGAAUUCCUUCAUGAGUCUGCAGGCCUGGUACAUGGCAACUUGAACCCAGAUGCUAUCUACAUUAAUGCCAAAUCAGACUGGAAGAUCUCGGGACUGGGGUUUGCAGGCCCACCGGACUCCUCGGAGACUAAGUCCUCUCUCCCACCUUUGGCCGUAUCCGAGGUUCUCUAUCAAGAUCCAAGGCUUCCUUCCUCGGUGCAGCUGAAUAUGGACUACACGUCACCAGAUUUUGCCCUGGACUCCAAUGUGUCACCAGCCGCUGAUCUGUUCUCGCUGGGUCUAAUAAUCAUUGCUCUGUACAAUUCACCUCAUGCCUCGCCGAUCCAGGCACAUGCCAAUUUGUCAACCUACAAGAAGCUCUUGAGCUCCUCGUCUACCACCCCAUCUCAAAGCAACAAUUUCCUUUGUUCAAGCCCUAUUCCUCGCAAUGUCUUAUCCCAGGUGUUGCCCAGAUUGAUCACGCGACGACCAGCCCAGCGCAUGAAUGCACGGGAGUUCCAGCAGUCUCCAUAUUUCGACAAUGUUCUAGUAUCCACGAUUCAGUUUUUGGAGUCGCUACCGACGAAGAAUGCGAGCGAAAAGUCACAAUUCUUGCGUGGGCUACAACGGGUAUUGCCUGACUUUCCCGCCUCGGUUUUGGAAAGGAAAGUGCUGGGCGUUUUACUGGACGAGAUGAAGGAUCGCGAUCUUCUUCCACUCAUUCUACAUAAUGUCUUUGGUAUUCUCCAGCGCAUUCCUAAUGGACGGCGCGCCUUUCCCGAAAAGAUUACACCUCGCUUAAAGGAAGUCUUUGGGACUGUGCCAGGGAAAUCAUCUGCACAGGAACGCGACUCCAAGAAAGAUGCAGGCCUUAUGGUCGUGUUGGAGAACAUGAAACUUGUCGCGGAGAAUUGCUCAGGCCUGGAGUUCAAAGACGAUAUUUUGCCUUUGAUAAAAUUGGGGCUUGACUCACCUACCCAUUCCCUAGUGGAUGCUUCUAUUAAGAGCCUACCUGUCUUUCUUCCCGUUCUCGAUUUCAGCACCGUGAAGAAUGAAGUUUUCCCUCCGAUCGCCAGUACAUUCAGUCGCACCAGCAGCCUUGCGAUCAAGGUCCGGGGUUUGGAGGCAUUUGUCGUACUCUGCGGAGGAUCCCUUGAUGGGUCUAGUCUUGAGGAUGAUCUUUCUGGCACGGUGCAACCAAACAAAACUACCAAAUCAUCUAUUCUUGAUAAAUACACCAUUCAAGAGAAACUUGUCCCAUCUCUCAAAGCAAUCAAGACGAAAGAACCUUCGGUGAUGAUAGCAGCAUUGAAGGUUUUCCGUGAAGUGGGCAAAGUUGCAGACACUGACUUCCUUGCCCUUGAGGUGCUUCCAGUUCUUUGGAGUUUCAGCCUUGGACCUCUUCUGAAUCUUGGGCAGUUCAAUGAUUUCAUGGAUUUGAUCAAGUCAUUGUCUGCCAAGAUUGAGAAAGAACAGAAGAGAAAACUGCAGGAACUUUCGUCCGGUGGCGAUUCAGGUGGAUUUCAAAACGGAACCAGCGGUCUCUCCCAGUCAGCGACAGAUCUCACCUCUCCGGACACGGAUACUGCAAGAAAUAACUUUGAGCGUCUCGUGCUUGGAAAGAGCACGACUCCUUCGGCUAGCAAUGGAAUGGAUAUGUGGGGUAGUCUUGAACCAGAAGCAUCUGCGUCCAAACCGACUUCCACAUCGCCUGCGUUCUCAUGGUCUACGAACAAUGGAACGGCCCUCAAGCCAGGAAGCUCAUCUGGUCAUGGCUUCCGUUCCAUUACUCCAGAUCAAAAGCUGAGUUCUUUCCCAUCUCUUGCGCCAGCAAGACAAUCAUCGCCCGCAGCACCGGCUUUCCCCACCAUGCAACCUAUGCAGCCCAUGCAACCAUCAUCACCAACUUGGGGCGCUCAAGCUCCAGGAGGAACUAGAGCAGGCUCAUCAUUAGCUUCACUUUCUGGUAUGGCAGCUAGUACGCCAGCUCCUCAGCAGGCACCCAAUUACUCAGCCUUCUCAAUUCCACCUCCACCAGGAGGAAUGAACUCGAAUAAUGCCAUGAGAUCCCCCUUGGGCAUGAACACAACUACAACAUUCCCAACUCAGCCCCAGACUCAGUAUCAACCACCAGCACAAAAGCAAGGAUUGGAUAAAUACGAAAGCUUGAUAUGA